UUUUCAAGUUUUAAAAUGAGAUUAGUCUAUUUGCUCGACGAUUUCUCGUGUAUGCGUUUUUGUUAUUGAGUAUUUGAAGCUCAUUUUUUUCGAAAACCGAUCAUUCUGAUCAUUGAUUCCGCAAGUAUCAAUAAUUGAAAAUGAACUCCAAAAUCGCUUUGGUGCUCUUUGCAGCCGUCGUUGCUCUAGCUGUAGCUGACGACUACCCCGAAGGUCAUGUUUCUGGAUAUGCUCGAGAAUUAGACGACUGUCUUUUCACUUGCACAGAAAAAUACGGCAAAAACGGAUACAAAAAGACGUACCCUCCAAAAGAGAAUGAAUGUAAACUGUCUUGUGAGGAAGCUUUCUCGGCCGAAUAUGGUUCUUACGGUUUUUACCCAGAGAAGCAAAACGAGUGCCGCCAAAGAUGUGAUGAGAUUUACGGCGGAAGCUACCCCCAAAAGAAUCCCGAGUGUCGCCAAAGAUGUGGAGAACUUUACGGCUACAGACAUUAAUUUAAAGAAGACGGACAAAAACAUAUUUAGUAAAUCAUUGGCUUCACAUGCUUUUAACUUAGUAUCAUUUCAUUAUUAAUGUGCCUAAUUUUCGAAAUAAAAAUAAUUAUUUUCAAAUAAAA